AUGGGCCUCUUCACGGAUGCAUACGAUCUCUUCUGUAUCCCUCCAAUUAUGCAACUCAUCGGACGGGUUUACUUCGAGAAUGAGCCAGAGUCCAGAGAGUACCAAAUCCAACCAGCUGUUUUGUCAACUUUGUUGGGCAUAGCUCUUUUGGGCACGGUGAUAGGUCAACUGGUGUUUGAUGUUCCAAUAAGCCAGUUUGUAGAAGAAAAUCCACCACCACUACAUCCACCAUCCUAUCCCCUUCUGUCAAAGCAAUUCUUUCGUCGCCAUGGCCGUGUUCUAUUCUCUUGUUCCGCUUCGUGGUUUCUUGUUGAUAUUUUCUUUUACAGUAGCAAUCUCUUCCAAUCUCAGAUAUACAACCAAUAUGUGCCAAAGGCAGAUAAAGUCAAUGCCUAUCAAGAUGCUUUCAAUAUAGCAAAACCACAAGCAAUUGUAGCAAUAUGUUCCACAAUUCCAGGCUACUGGGUCACUGUUUGCUUCAUUGAUCGUAUUGGAAGAGUCAAAAUCCAACAAAUUAGUUUUUUUUCCAUGGCAAUUGUCUAUUUAGCAAUUGGGAUACCCUAUUACAUAUAUUGGGACGACAACACAAAUAUAGGAUUCAUGAUCCUAUAUGGGCUCAAAUUUUUCUCCUCCAAUUUUGGUCCAAACACUACCACUUUUAUUGUGCCUGUAGAACUUUUUCCAACUAGAUUUAGAACAACAUGUCAUGGCAUUUCUGGUGCUGUUGGGAAAGUGGGGGCAAUUAUUGGAUCUGUUGGAUUUUUGUGGGCUUCGCAUGACCAUAAAGAGGAAGGUUACCCCAAAGCAAUUAGAAUGACAGCCUCUUUGGUUAUUUCGGGUGUAGUAUGUAUUUUGGGAUUGUUGGUAACGACCUUUUUCACACGGGAAACAAUGAGGAGAUCGUUAGAGGAGAAUGAGAAUGAUAAUUAG